GUCCAAGUAUACAAAGGGCGCCGGCUCUUCUUAGACCUAGCCAGUCUGGCGACUGAAAUAGCUAGAAAGAUUGAGGCAAAAAGCUCCAGGGCUUUAUCUAGUGCGCGCGGGCGCACAAUGCGGGCAGGCCGGUCACUGCUCGAGGACACUGGGUGGCGAAUAUUUUUCCCUUGGGGUGGUGCGCUUUUUUCUCUUCUUGUUCAUUCAUUCUCAUUAUGACAAGUGGUUUGCGUGUCAGCGCGCAUUCGUUGUUGCUGUUUUUAGCAGCGCAGAAUGCGGGAGCUGCUUUGCUUUAUCGUUAUCUUGGCCAGUCCGAGGCAACGUCGAGGUUUUCCCCUCAGUUCGCAGUUUUAUGUGGGGAAGCGGCGAAACUGAUGAUCUGCAUUGUGUUGUUGAGAUUCAGAACCGGCGCUCUUCGGUCUCAUUUCGCGACGUUUACCAAGAAGCGGCUCAUGAUAUUUGGCGCGCCCGCUCUGAUUUAUUUCUUGCAGAACAGCCUGCAAGUCUUGGCGUCUCGGUGCUUGGACGCGCCCACGUAUUUUGUGGCCUUCCAGUCGAAGACGAUUUGGGCCGUCUUUCUUUGGACGUGCGUCCAUAGGCAGUGUCUUUCCGUCCACACUCUACUGGGCUGUCUUGUCUUGGUUUUGGCUGCCGCAUGCUCAGCGGGAGGCGCAUACUACACCAGAAGAGUCGCACAAAAUCCCUCUUGCCCUCACGAUUUUCCGUUCAAGAACGACUUGUGCAUCGGACUGGCACUCGUCUGCAUUGCGGCGUUUCUUUCCAGCUUGGGAGGCUUGGCAAUAGAGUUGCUUCUGAAGCAGAAGCUGUCUCCGGGCGAAGUUCUGGAAAACAAAACUGAUUUUGAUCUUCUCAAUGGUCUUCUUACCAAAAACGCGGUGCUGGCUGUGGCAAGUAUUUUUGUGGGCUUCUUUGUCUCAAGCGCAGCGUCGGAUGACCUUUUUGACUUCAACAAGCACGCCCGGCAUAUGCCUCCAGUUGUGUGGAUCACGGUCGCGUACAACGCGCUCGGUGGGUUGCUAACCGGGUACAUAUUGCUCGUCGGCGAUCUAGUACUGAAGGACUAUGGUCAGGGGCUCGGUGCGGUUUUAGUUGCAGUCGCGUCUGGGUUAUCACAUUCGCAGGAGCCUGGCGGAUCGCAGGCACUUUCUUGGUUCGUCUCCCCCAUGCUACUUCUGGCAUCUGUUUCGUUAUUCAGCGGGAAGUGCCAGCGUAGCUCUAUCGAGUGGAGAGCUGUGCACUGUUCGGGCCGUGGUGCUUUCGGAGUGGGUGUCUUGCUCAGUAUUAUGCGCAGUGUAGAGCUUGUGGUGUUGCCAUUGCAUACCACAAGUUUCCGCGAUAGCUCUAUCGGUGGACCCCACUCAACGGCGCCACCUAUCCCGUCGCAUGUCUCGCGCGCACACUCGAGCGGGGAUUUGCCGCUAUCUGAGUACUUUAGCAAUUCGCCGAUGCGCAGUUCGCACGCCUUCAUCGACCCGGUGACAUCUUCACUGGUCACAACGAACGUCUGCUGUGGCACCAGGGCGCAAGAGGUUAAGAAUCUUAACCAAGGAACUAUGGCAAGGUUAGAAAAUUACUCUGGUUAUAGUUAGAAAAUUCGUUUCUUUAACUUAAGGUAGCUUAAUUAGCUAGUUAAAUUAGAGUAUUAAGCUGCAGGAGAUUCCUGCAGGAGGUGAGGAUUGGUCUCUGGAGGUGGUCUCCAGAUAGGUCUGAGCAGCAGCCCGGCAGAUGGUGGCACUCGGAGAGGCAAAUAAGCGACCCUUUGGCCAGCAGUGUCACGGCCUUGCCUCGGAACGCCAUAACAGUUGGCGUCAUUUUGGUUGUCUUCCGCUACUUCUACGAGAGAAUCCUACUACAAUACUGCCCAACCUAUCUCAUACUCUACGAGGAACAAACUGAGCUACAACAGGAGCAGAAACAUGCUUGCUGUUUGUGAUUGUAAAAGGAUGACGAUGGGAAAGAGAGGAGGUGGGAAGCAAAUUGAGGCCGGCCUGAAUUAUGGGAGAGAACGAGGGAUCGGAUUGCGCUGUAAAUCAACGUCGAUCGGCCAGAUUCUCGAGGCGAGCGACUUUAUUCUCGAUCAAGGUUGUGAGAACAAAAGCCAUUGACUUACUCUCGUCUGCUCGACCAGAUUGCGACACCAUCUCAGCAGAACAUCAGCCAUCCACAGGCAAAGAGUGUAGAUCUCUGAUGGGGUCUCGUCCCCGAGAAAUUGAGCUCGAAGCCCGAGCAGGAUUUAUCAAGUUGCUUGGAGAUGACUUUGAGACUAAGCCUACGCCUGAGGCUUUUAGUGAUCUUGCUCUCACUCCUCGGACCAGACGGCGACUAUCAUCCCGUCGGUGGCUGCUCAUUCAAUUCAAGGGAACUAGUAAAAAAGCAAGCAACUGGCGCCGGGAACUCCGUUGGACCUUGAACAACCAACAAAAUGAGCUGCGCGGUAUGAUCCUCAUUGGCUACUGCUUAGCUGACUGUAGUGACAUCUUAUGCAUCGCAAUCCACCGGGCGGAAGACUAUACAGCCAUCGACUUUGAAGCGUCAUCAGCUACAUUCGACUCAACAACACUCCGAACCCGCCUACAGGAGCUCCACCGGGCUGGUGGAGGUGUUGUAGAAGCACAACUCUCCACAGUAUCGGCUUACACUUGCACCACGUUAAGGGAGAAGCAGGCAAGGGCUGCCUUCGUCCAAGCUCUCGGGCGCGGGCCAGUGGUCUAUACUCCAGCAGAGGACGAGUUCUUGCCCAUCGAUGGGCAGCCCAUACGAUGGACAUUAAGUAGCAUGAUGGUACUCCCAUGAGCUUACGCAUAUCUGAAAGCGACUAGACUGCAAAAAAACUGACUACCUGUGCAGAAACUACACAGGAAGCGUGCUACUUUAUGGGGAUCGGAUCUCGUUGCGUGUUAUGUCGAUUAUAUUGGAGCAAUAAAUGCCAUCGCAUUAUGUAAAUUGCAUGGCGUCACGAUUCAAAUCGUUCCAACUGUGUACAGUCUUGGCCUUCUUGGAGUAGAAAUAUGUCUUUGCAUGAUGUCGCCCAU